CAUCAUCAAUUCAUCAUCAUCAAAAUUCUCACAAGUCAGAAACCAAACACACAGAAGAGAGAGAGAGAGAGAGAGAAACAGCGGAUACAAAUUUCUAUCGACUGUCACGAGAACAAUGGAUAUCUGUAUGGACAAGGAGCCAGAUGGUGUGGUGGUCUAUGCAAACGGUGAUUCGUGUAAUCUAAACCAAGAAAAUGUUUCUGUAUUGCCUCCCUUAGAUUCAGAGUCAUGUGAUGAAGCUAAUGGAAACACAGAACACCUAUUCACAGAAGAAAACGCCACAGAAGUAAAAGAAUACGACGUUAAAGAAUGUACCAAUGAAAUUCCAGUUACUAAGCCAUUGGAAGAUGGCAACAUCGAUAUAGCUGCGUUGGCAAAGGAUGCUAAAGCUGUAAAUAAGUCGGUGUUGCCUGCGAAACACGGUUCAAAAUCGGGUCGUGGGAGUAACAAAAUAAGGAGCACUGUUCCACAACCCUUUGCUUUAGCUACUGAGAAGCGUGCUUCAUCUAGUAAAGUGCAAAAUCAGGCGACAAAGGUACCUAGGAAACCAUUGCAGCCAAAAAACAAGAAGCUUUCUGAUGAGGAAGAUUCUUGCUCUGUUGCUUCUUAUGCCACGUCGGCUGCAAAGUCUUCUAAAUCAAGAACCAUUGUCAUCGCAGCUCCUUCGUUUCGAUCCACUGAACGUGCAGAGAAGCGGAAGGAGUUCUAUACAAAAUUGGAGGAGAAACACCAAGCCAUGGAGGCCGAGAAAACGCAGAGUGAAGCGAGGAACAAGGAAGAAAACGAUGCAGCGUUAAGGAAGUUAAGAAAGAGUUUAAUGUUCAAAGCAAACCCAAUGCCAAACUUUUACCAUGAAGGGCCUCCUCCAAAGGUUGAACUUAAGAAGGUACUAACACACAAGCCUCCUCCAACUCGAGCAAAGUCACCAAAACUAGGACGCAGAGCAAAAGGAGCUUCGAGGCGGCAUGAAACUCGAAAGCCACUAGUGAUAUCUAAAGAAGACUUUGAUGAUGAAACCACACAGAACUCUGACCAGAUAAACCGAAAUUUGGAACCGGAGACCGCUUUUGCAUGCUAAAGAGAACAGAGUGUUAUGUGUUCAAUUGUGAGAAUGUGUGUGGUGGAUGCUUGUGUUUUUUUUUUAUAUUUAACUUAUUAUUUGAAGUGUAAAUGUGUGUAAUUUAAUGUAAUUUAUGUUGUGUUUAUGAAUGUGUGUACACAUAGAAGUAAGAAUCUUUCAUGUUUGGAUUGUUAUAACGAAUCUUUUGUUCAUAAUCAUUUGUAAGACUCGAAGCGGACUUUUACC